AUGGACUAUAGCUCUAUGCAAGACGAGGGGGCCUCUCCCUGGGGCUCCCCUGGCCACUCACCUCGCCACAUCCGCUCCGCCGGAUUUGGUUCCCUCGACGAGACGAACCAGACACCCUUCGGAUACGAGUCGAAUAACGAGGGUCCCAGUCCCCUGAGGAAUGAGACGAGCCGUCUCGAGGACGACGAUGUCUUUCGCCCUGGUAUCGGCACCACCCAGGUCAGCCGUCAAGACGUAGUGGAUGAUCAUCAUCAUGAUUUUGCUUCUUCGACUACGGCCGCGGAGUCGGAAGAGGUUGCUCGCCAUGAAGUUGAGGAGGACCAGCGCCUACCCGAAACGCCACAGAAACCCCAGGACCAGACAAGGCCGGUGGAGGUAGGACAACAAGGUCCCGAGCCCCAGCAGCGGCCUAGGAAGCCGAGUGCUCCUCAGCCUAGGUUACAAGCGAAGAUAACGGGCCUUGAACGAGUUGGGAAGAAGGACCCGUUGUUGAGGUUUGACGUUCAUACCAACCUCCCCCGAUUCCGCACCACGCAAUAUCGCGACGUCCGCCGUCUCCACUCCGAAUUCGUCAAGCUCGCCGAACACCUCAUAUCCGCCAAUCCCGAAGCCUUCGUUCCGGCCGUCCCGCCCGCCCUCACAUCCGCCGGCGCUGGAACCGAGGAGGACGAGGGUCGCGUCAAGGCCCUCAUGCAGCGAUGGCUCAACUACGUCUGCAGCAACGAGACCCUGAUGAGGGACGAUGAGAUGGUGCUCUUUGUUGAGAGCGACUUCGGAUACAGCCCCAUGGUCAAGAUGAAGCAGCCCGCCACUGGCGUCAGGAGGAAGAUCCUCAAGCAGUUUGCUCCGCCGCCUGAUGAUACGCCCGAGUUGGCCGAUGCGCGGCCGAUAGUGAAGCUGUUUUAUCUGGGGACUAUGGAUGCUGGCCACAAGGUCGAUAAGAUGGUCAAGUCUCGAAGGGGACUUGGACAGGCCGAGGCCGAUUUCGGAGCCAAGCUCGGCAGCAUGAACGUCCAAGAACCACACCAAGGCCUCGCCAACGCCUACCGCAAGCUCGGCAAAGUCGUCCAGACCGUAGGCGACUACCACGCCGCACAGGCCACGGCCCAAGCGACCACCAUCGGCGACCCCUUCCAGUACCACUCGCAAGACGCCUUCAUCGUCAAGGAGACCCUGACGAACCGGCAGAUCCUCAUCCGCGAGUUCCUCCAGGCCCAAGAGACCACGCGAAGCCGCCUCAAUGCCGCCGACAGGCUCAAGGCGAGCUCUACCGUGCGUCGUGAAAAGGUUGACGAGGCCAUCGCCGCCCUGGAUGAGGCGCGUACCAAUGAGACGCACCUGUAUCAGAAGACUACUACCGUCACGCAGAACCUCGUCCACGAGAAGCGCAAGUGGUUCGCGCGCACUGCUGCGGAUCUGCGUCUCAGCAUCCGCGAGUACGUGCUUCGUGAGAUCGAGGCCGAGCGCAGGACCCUCGCGCUCCUCGAGAGCGUCCGCGGAGACAUCCGCUCCAUCGACGCCUCGGGUGGUCUUAGUCGCUUGGGCAGGGAAUCUCAUCCGCCUGUGCGCAGGGCAAACCUAGCGGCUAGCCAGGGCCCCAAGGGCGAUGCCUGGAGCGGCGUUCCUAGGCGAACGGAUCUGAAUAGGGCGCUUUCUGGGAGCAUGAUUGCUUCUGCUGGAUUGCCUGAUGACGGUGAUGUCGAGGGCGGCGCUGGGCAGGGAAGGGGACUCGCUGGAACUGUGACGCUGCCUGGGGUUGGGGAGGAGGAUGAUGAGGAUAGGAUUGAUGCGAGGAACGCGGCUAGUCGUCUUGCGACGAGUACUUUUUGA